AUGGACGGAAGAAGCUUUGAAGGGUCCGGACGGUUCCUCCGGUGUCCCUGAACGCCUCAUGGUGAGUCCUGGGUAUUUAACAUUCUACCCUGGACAGCGGUAGGUUGUUGCGCAAGCGCAGCCCAUUCAAUCUGCAUGAAUGCGGAGUGAGGAGAGGACAGGAGCUGUGGGAGGCCUGGGACGAACUUAGCGGACUGGACCGGACCGGGAAGGCGGACAUGGAUGGACAGAACGGCAGCAGCAGCAUCUGCUCCUGGACGCAGCGCAAGAAAGAAGAGAAGAAGAAAAUCCCCGACAGGGUUGCUCUGAAGAAGGAGAUCGGGCUGCUGAGCGCGUGCACCAUCAUAAUAGGGAACAUCAUCGGCUCUGGGAUCUUCAUUUCUCCGAAGGGCGUCCUGGAGCACUCGGGCUCAGUGGGGUUGGCCCUGGUGGUCUGGGUGUUGGGAGGCUGCAUUGCAGCUCUCGGUUCCCUGUGCUAUGCUGAACUGGGUGUCACCAUUCCCAAAUCUGGAGGGGAUUACUCCUACGUAACAGAGAUUUUCGGUGGUCUGAUGGGGUUCCUGCUGUUGUGGAGCGCCGUCCUCAUCAUGUAUCCUACCACGCUGGCUGUUAUCGCCCUCACCUUCUCCAGCUACGUUCUGCAGCCCGUAUUCCCUAACUGUGUUCCCCCAUACAUAGCAACGCGACUCCUGUCGGCCACCUGCCUCUUGUUGCUGACCUGGGUGAACUGCUCUAGUGUCCGUAUGGCCACCAGAAUCCAGGAUGUCUUCACCGUUGGGAAGCUGAUGGCCCUGGGCCUCAUCAUCAUGGUUGGCCUGGUACAGAUCUUUAACGGGAACUACGAGGCUCUGACACCUCAGGUGGCCUUUUCACUAGACAGGACACCAUCUGUGGGACAGAUUGCUCUGGCUUUUCUGCAGGCGUCCUUUGCUUUCAGCGGCUGGAACUUCCUCAACUAUGUUACAGAGGAGGUGGUUGAACCCAGACGGAAUCUACCUCGUGCCAUCUACAUCUCCAUCCCAUUGGUGACCUUUGUGUACACGCUCACCAACAUCGCCUACUUCUCCUCCAUGUCGCCUGAGGAACUGCUGUCAUCCAAUGCCGUGGCUGUAACGUUUGGCGAGAAGCUACUCGGAGUCUUUUCUGUCAUCAUGCCAAUCUCAGUGGCCCUGUCCACCUUUGGAGGGAUCAAUGGCUACCUGUUCACCUCUUCCAGGUUGUGUUUCUCAGGAGCCAGAGAAGGCCACCUGCCCAGCCUGCUCGCUAUGAUCCACUAUAAGAACUGUACACCCAUCCCGGCCCUGCUGGUCUGCUGUUCUGCCACCAUUGUUAUAUUGUGCAUCGGCGAAACACACAACUUGAUUAACUACGUCUCCUUCAUCAACUAUCUGUCGUAUGGUGUCACCAUCGCAGGUCUGCUGUACUACAGGUGGAAGAAACCCAACUUAUACCGACCAAUUAAGGUCAACCUGCUGGUUCCUGUGUGUUACCUGAUGUUCUGGGCAUUGCUUCUGGGGUUUAGUCUUCACUCAGAACCAGUGGUUUGUGGUGUUGGUCUAAUAAUUAUGCUUACUGGUGUACCUGUCUACUUCCUGGGAGUCCAUUGGAAAGAAAAACCAAAGUGUAUCUACAACUUCAUUGAGAGGGCGACAUAUGUGGGCCAGAGGUUGUGUUUUGUGGUCUUUCCUCAGAUUGACCCCAUUGAGAUCGCUAUUCCUUCAGACUGGACUGAACGGUCGUCAGGCCGGAGCAGUUUCUCUGCCAAUUCAUAAAACUGAAUAUGUGAAAACCUCCGUGAUUUUUCUCCAUUUUUACUCUCAUCCUACCAUGGAAGCCUCAUGUCUGAUGAAAGACACAGUUGUUUUUUUUCUUACAGUCAAGUGGAAAUGCCUGCUGUCCUCUGAGGACUGCAUGCACUUUUUAUUUUCAUCUUGUUUCUGUCCACUCUUCAAAUACAACAGUGCUGUCCCACAUUAACCAACAUGUACCUUCACCUUUAACGUGACAGAACACAGAGCAUGGUUAGUCCUACAAAUUCCUCUGUUAUUGUUCCUUAACCCUUCUGUCCUCCACAGGCAUCCAUUUUUCUCAGCUUUUUUUUUUUUUUAUUUGAUGAUUUUUGGCUUACAGCAAGUGACAUACAGUUUUACAAUAACUCUUCUUUGUAGUCAAUUUUUUAAUCCAUUGUCUUUUUCCCCACACUUUUUAUACUCUGUUGAUGCCUUUUACAUCUUCUGGCAACC